UCAACUUUUCCAGUAGGUUGCUCAUCUCGGGGCAGUGUUGCGUUUAAUGUCCCUCCCGGCCACUCUAUCCUGGACUGUCUCGUACUCGUGACCGGCGCUGGCCAAUCACAGCUGAGACUGCACAGGGACGACAACAACAACAAAAUAAAUGCAGAAGAAUGCUAGAACGAACCAAGCUUAAACUCAAAUAUUGUGUAUUUUUACUUGUAUUUAAUUCAGCGUUUGGCUCAGUCACAAAUGAAAAACCAAAUAGAUUGAACCGUCGCGGGCUAGCGCUAGUGUUAGUUAAUGCUCUGGCGACAUUAACGUUAGCUAACGCUAGCUUUCUGACAGGACGCUUUUUUAUGUUUCAGGAAUGCUAGUUGUUUAGGUUAACGUGCUGGAUAUCAUUUUGCCAUUAGCUAAGGCUACUAUCGUUACACACCGACCAUCCUGUCACUCUGAACCGAACAUCCAGGUCCAUCUAAAGAUAGCGAUGGACGCUCUAACAUGCUAGUAUAGGACCAUGUUCAAAAAUGUUUUUGGCUCAGGGUUUCUGGUAAGAACAGCUCAUGUGAUUUUGACAUGGGUCAUAACGUUAAUACUCUUCCUACAUGAUACAGAGCUGAGGAAGCAGGAGGAGACAGGCCAGCUUGUCCAGCCUGUGCUCUUCGUCCUGUUGGUGCUGGUGUCGGUGUUGCUCUAUUUCGCCGUUUCUCUGAUGGACCCAGGCUUCAUUUUGUCUGAUGACAGCGAUUUACAGUUCACGCUAGGAGUGACUGAGGAGCAGCAGGACAUGAUCCCACCCACCACCAAAUCCCUUCGGCAGCGCCGUUGUGGCCACUGUCUGCUGCAGCAGCCAAUGAGAUCAAAGCACUGCCAGACGUGUCAGCACUGUGUCCGGCGUUACGACCAUCACUGCCCCUGGAUUGAGAACUGUGUGGGUGAGAGGAACCACCGCUGGUUUGUGCUUUACCUUGCUGUCCAGCUGCUAGUGCUGCUGUGGGGGCUGCACAUUGCCUGGACGGGCUUCGGUUACGCACCCACAUGGCAGCUGUGGUUGCGUGCCAAUGGCACGCUGCUGGCCGUGGCCUUGCUGGUGGCUCUGCUCUCGCUGAUUGUGCUGCUCUUGCUCGGCUCCCACCUUUACCUGGUUUCUCUCAACACCACCACCUGGGAGUUCAUGUCACGCCACCGCAUCUCCUACCUCAAGCACUGCGGCGCUGAUGAAAACCCCUUUGACCGUGGGACCUUCCACAACCUUUGGGGUUUCUUCUGCGUGUGGGGCACAGUGGUGUGGGAACAGGUGUACUUCAGGGAGGGCAGCGACCAAGUCUAGUGACAAUCAUGAACACACGGGAACUAAUUUCACUCAUGAACAACUCUCCUGGAUUUUGGGAUCAGACGCUUGACCACAAAGUUGGGAGAUAAACUGUCCUUGUGUGCGGUUUACCUUUUAUGUAAACGCUAAUGUUGUUGUCCCACAUUUCCGUUCAUAUCAACAUAUCUCCUUUCAUUGGUUCAUCCCUGCACUGUUGUUACAGUCCACAUUUCCUGUUUUUUCUUCCUCUCCCCAUGUAGCUGUUAAGUUUGAAUAGCAGGUUACCAGCACUACAGCCCUUAUUCUAACAAUUGUUUACAGCCAUUCGGGUAUACAGUACCAUUUCCCCAAGACAGGCACCUUACUAAUCGAUUUUAAGGCUUUAAGUAAAGCUAGUCAUAAAGCCCUGUUGACUUAAGCUUGGUCUUUGUUAAUGCACUCCCAUUCCACUUGACCCUUGUUUCUGUAUACUCCACUGAAUCAUUUGUGUGAGCAUUAAUAACAUGUUUAAAAACUCCUGGAGUACUUUUGGUCUUACAGUACAAAUGGUAAACCUGACUGACGGACUGGUUAAUAAUUAAGUUUACUUUUAUUACAUAUCAUAAAACUCAUUUUGAUUUGAUAACAUUUGAUUAAAGAAUAUACUUGUUUUAGGUGCAUGUGUAGACAAUCCAGAUCUAUGGUGUGAUGAUUGGUAUGGUUUCUCACUGGAGUCAGAUCCUGAUUAACAAGUUUGGUAUAUUUGUUGUUUUAGUGUAGAAAGCUUUAUUCUGUUCUCAUUUCAUGCGAUACAUUGCUGUUACUGCUGAGUUUGGUCCACUUGCUUCAGCAGCUUUUGUCUUUUAAAAAAACUGUUAGCCGAAGUGAGGAAAGGCAACGGUCUUUUAUUAAUUUUUUUUGCAAAACUGUUCAGCAACUCAGUAGAUUUGAAAUAUGAAAUAGUAAAAACUGCUGUAUUGUUCCUAGCAUUUAAUCCAACCAGGACGUACAAGAUGCUUUGACUUUCAAUGGACAGCAUUUUAAGCUAUUUUAUAUUGUACAUAAUUUUUUUUUACUAUUAUGAACCAGAAACGUCUUUAGAUUUUUUAUGACUAUUUUAAUGAAGUAAUUUGAAGAAUACUGUGGAACAGUAGCUAAUAGUAAGUAGAGGUUUGGGUGCAAUACAUGUUUGGUAUUUCCAUUUGAAGAGUUCCUUGUGCAAUAGUAACCUUGUCAGACAGCAAUACAUGUGGUGUUGAAUUCUGGUUAUAAUGAAUUAACUUUUAAUUCAUGUUGUGUACUUCUGAAUUAUAUGCAAUACUGUCAAUGUUUUUUACUACUUUGAAAUGACUGUAUACAUCAAAUAAAUGUUUCAUUAAGA